CUCCGCCCACGUCCUCCCCUGGUUGUCAGUAUCUCUUCCUAGUGGGCGGGGCCUGCCUUGACAGGGAAGAUGUAGCGCUGGAGGAGAUGGAGCGGAGAAUGGAGAGGGAGCGGGUUGCCCGCUGUGAGAUGGCCGCCCUCUCGCAGGCUCUGGCAGUGCUCUGUGCCUGUCUCGCACUGUCCGACCCCGGGUGGCUGCUGCUGCGGGUGGACGGAGACGAGCUGGUUUACGGGGCCUCAUACAUCAUACACCACGGGUUCAACUUCACUGAGACUGGUACCCACCAGCUGCUCCAUAAAACCGGACUGUACAUCCUGGCCCUGAUGGCAGUUUGCUGCUACAUCAAUAUCCUCCUCGGAUCCUUUGCCUUCAUGCUGGACUUCCUCAGGGUCCGGUCUGUGGGGAUUACAGUUUCCACAAUCCUGCACUUUAUUACAGUUGUUUCGUCGGCAGCCUCUGUGGCUCUCUGCUCCUACCUGUACGUGCUGCUCCGUGAUGAAGUCUACUUCCAGGUCACGAAGCCCCCCUUAAAUUACGUAAAAAUGGGAGAAAGUUACUACUUUGCCAUCUGCACCUUCCUGGCUGCUAUUUCGGCAACUGUGCUUAGUUGUUGCUCAAGGAAAUACCGAAGAGACUACGAAACGGAAAGCCCUGUCUCGGGGACUGACGUUACCACUCCCCUUCUGCAGGACUCUGUGAGCCCGGAUAGCCCGGGGGAGUAUGGGUAAUUCAAAGGACCAUGCUAUAUGGGCAGCCCAAAGUCUCCUCGCG